UGUUCUAACUAUGGCCACAGAAAUACCCAAGUCAGUUCAUGCCGGACCAGACGACAGCUGGCACGGCGUGAUUGACAAAUCGCCAAAUAACCCAUUCCAGCCAGAGACAGGGCGGUACCACAUGUAUGUCGGCCUGUUCUGCCCGUUUGCUCAUCGCGCAAACCUGGUGCGUCAUCUCAAGGGUCUGCAAGACAUUAUCGAUGUCAGUAUCGUCAAGCCUUAUCCCAAAGGUGAUGAAAAAGGUUGGCCUGGCUGGCAGUUUCCUGCAUCGAACGAUGAGUAUCCAAACGCUACUAUAGAUAAGCUGUUUGGCUCCAAAUACCUGCACGAGGCCUAUUUCAAGGCCGACAAGGACUACAAGGGUCGCUACUCUGUACCUCUUCUAUGGGACAAGAAGACAAAUACCGCGGUUAACAAUACUGCAUUUGAUGACCUGAUCUCACCUGAGAAGGCAAAGCUUAAUCUGUAUCCGGAGCACUUGCGCCAGAAAAUCGACAGGAUCUCAGAGUGGAUGCAAUCAGAUCUGAAUACUGGUGUCUACAAGGCUGGAUUCGCGCCUGACCAAGAAACCUACAACAAGAACCUCCCGCCAGUGUUUGGCGCUCUCAACAAGCUCGAGAAACUACUUUAUGAUGGCAAGGGUCCUUACGUUCUUGGUAAAGAGAUGACCGAGCUGGAUGUUCGCCUAUACGCUACUCUGAUUCGCUUUGAUACUGUCUAUGUACAGCAUUUCGUGGGUGUCUUAAACAACUGGCUCAAGGGCAUGUACUGGAAUCACGAGGAGUUCAGAAACACUACAGAUUUCAAACACAUCAAGGAGAACGUUGGUCAUCCGACAUGUAGACUCGAGACACAUGCUGAUUCACAAAUUCACAGUNACACCAAAAGCCACUAUGACAUCAAUCCCAAGGCAAUCACACCAUUAGGCCCUUGGCCUCACAUCGAGAAGGGUUAUCAAGAGGAUUGGAGCAAAAUUUCUCCCGGAAGCAUUGAUAUGCCAGAAGUUUUGGAACAUGAGAAGACUCUGGAAGUG